AUGAUAUGGGAUCCUAACUUCCCAACAAAGAAAGUUCGUUCGAGCUGGCCUAAAUCACGCACUCCUAAAGGCCUACCAUAUUAUAUGACAGUAUGCUCUCGAGUUUCUGAGCUUUGAUUUUAUCCCACGACUGGGAGGGGAAUGGGUCCUAAAGUGGUCUAUAAUGUCUCAAACCAGACCGGAUAUGUACUGUGUAGUUUGUUUGAGAGCUCAUUGAUGACAUUAAUUCCAGUUUGUUCCUGUUUCCUUUUUCAAACGUUUUGGUAAGUAUUAGAUUCAAGGGUCUCAAUUUAUAAGGUAUUGUUGAAAUCAUUUUCUGUCUCGGUUCUUGAUGUAUACAAAAUUCUUGAUACUAGUUGCAAAAUUUAUCUGUUAAUAUCAAUUUUUUUGUUUCUCAUUCUAUCUAAAUUUGAAGAACAACUCAAGUCAAAAUGGUAGCCUUGCGAGAGACCCUGAUGAGAAACCGGAGCAAGAAACAUCGAAUUUUUCUGUUAGUGGAACAAGCGGAGGGUCCAGAGCAGGGCUUUUCCGAACACCAAUCUCUGGUGGUGUACAAAGUGCGACAUCUGCUCACAGGUUGCCACACCCAGCCUUGGCAGUUCGAAAUCUAAUGGAGCAGGUAGAAUCCCUGGUCAAUGGCAUUUAUAUUUGUCAUCGUCUCUUCUCUGCUCUUGAAUAUAUAUAUUUUUUACUCCAUAUCUGAUAUUCCUAGGCCAGAUUUGCUCACCUGUGCACCACAAUGUCUCGGAUGCAUCACCGGAGAGAGGGAUAUCCUUUUGGUUCGUUAGUUGAUUUUGCUACAGACUCAAUGGGCCGUAAGUUGUCUUCGAUUUUAGUUUAGUUUUCUUAUCAGUGCAAGAUGUAUUUUUAUUCGAUCAGAGUGCUUUUCCUAUGCAGAUCCAAUUUUUUCUCUUUCGCCAUUGGCUAUCCACACGCGGAACCUGCUGACAGAUCCUAGAUGUACACUUGUUGUGCAGGUGGAUUUGAGUAUCUGUUUGCCUUAAUUUCCUCUUACAAUAUGAUACUAUGCUUCUCAAGUAGAGACUUAAUCCCGCUCUGUGCUGAAAUUGUUGAACUGUGUAGAUUCCUGGAUGGAGUGGGCUAUCCAAUGCACGUGUGACUAUAUUUGGCGAUAUCUUCCCUCUUUCGGAUGAUGAACAAGUUAGUAUAUCGCUGUAUGAACUUUUAUUAAUGAUGAAAUAAAUUAUGAGAUUUGCUUCUUCUCUAGGUUGAGGCUGCACAGCCCCAAGUGAAUCUCUUAAAUGUUUUGUUCAUCUCUCAUUCGAGGGAUGGUUUCUUGGUGCUUUUAUUAAAGAUAUAUUGCUUGAAAACUUUGGGAAUUGAUUCGGGUGUGAAUUCGGAAGAAACAUGAAGUCUCUGUAUCUCGAAAUCAUCAGUUUCCUUGAUGUAUGAUGAUCCCCAACGGGUCUGAUAACGGUAUUCAUGAACAAAUGAGCUUUCUAAUGGUUUUUAAUCUGUUUUGACUCGUCUUAGAUGGUAGCCUCGUGGGAUAUGUUCUUCAACGAUGUUAUGCUUUACGGCGCUCAAAGAUUCUGGUGCUCAUUUUCUUCUGAUCUGUUCCAUCAGGAAUGGGGCCAUAAACAGUACACCGCAAAACAUCAGCAAUGGGCGUCGCAGCAGUGGGGCAACUUCUAUUAUUAUCGGAUGCAAAAUAUCAGGUUUUCACUUGAUAUUCUUUAGAAAGAUCGUGAUCUCUUUAUGAAAUAUUUCUCGAUUGCUGACUUUUUUCCCAUCUCAUUUUCGGUAAAUAUUUUAGUAGAAAAACGUUUGGUGCCCAGAUAAUCAAACCAAAUCCUUGGACUGACAAUUAAUCAUUUCAACUUAAUUUAUUCAUCUCUUAUCAUUUUGACUUCAAAUUUUUAAUUGAACUAAUUACCUGAAAAUUUCAAGCAAGUGAAUACCCUGAAAAAAUAAAUGGAAGGAAAUUUUCAUUCUAAUACUAAGGUCUGCUAUUCCCAGUGACAUUUACUUCAUCGGAGGGUUUGGCACUGUAGCAUGGGUUGAUGUGAAGGAUUACGAAUCAAUUCGACCCGACAAGAUCGCUGUUGACGGUGGGGAGCGAAAUCUGAAGGUGGGCUUUCAGAUUCUAGCUUUCACGUUCGUUAUUUUCUCAGAGGGAGAACAGUACUAAUCUCCCGGGAUGUCUCUUCCCCUAUGACAACAGGAACUGAAUGCCAUCUUCUCCAAGCCCCUUAGAAAAGUUCUGUCCUUGGAUGGGGAGAUAGACGAUGCGGCUCUCAUAUCAAUUGACAGCAAAGGCACGGAUAUCCGUGUCCGGCAGGGAGCGCAGGUAUCUAAGACUCUUCAUUUCAUGCCCUUUAAUCUAAAAUUGAAGCCUUUCUUAAUUAAUCUAGACAGGAAGAAACCCAUCAUGAUCAAAUGUUUGUGAUCUCUCCGUCCUAUGCGCGUCAAACAAGUUCCUUCAGGGUUGUAAUUCGUGCGAUGUUGUUGGUUUCCUUGGUAAAUUGUGAGAGAAAGCCUCUGAGACCAGGAUCACAUCUCCUGUUCUUCAAAAUUCUGAGCUGUAUGGGUGUAGAAAACCGAUUUCAAUGAAGCGGGUGCUGACGCAGUGGAAGAUCUACUGAGGGUUUAUUUAUCUGAUAAUUUUGCAUAUAAUCUUUACUUAAUGCGAUAUGGUUACAGUCAUCUUCGUCGGAUCAUAUCAUUUGCAUCCAUAUGUUCUCAUGUUCAUAGCUAAUUAACCAUUUUAUAAUCUUAUGAUCUUGGGACCUCUCUGCGGGCGCCCGUCUGUUGUCAUGCAGUUCAACGUUCAGAGGAUAUCUUUCGAGGAAGAUCAUGAAGUUGAGACGGUGGACGAGGCCAAAGCGGCGCUUCAGAAAAUAAUCAACCGCUGUUACAGGUCGAAGACGCACAAGAGGAGCUGA